ACUUGUUAAAAACAGACAUACAGCGAGCGGCUUGGGAUUACUAUGCAGCCAGUAGUUUGUCCAUCGAGAUUGUGAAAGAUGAUGCCUUGCAGAAAGUUUAUUUUCGAGUCAAAGAUAAGAACGUGCUUAGAGAAGAGAUCAAAGAAAAGUUUAAGUACGAGGUGGACAGAACGUCCCCAAGUAACAAAAUAAGGGAUUUCAUGGACUGGGCCAGCGACAUUAUUCAGGACAUCAAAUAUCAACGAAAGAUCCACUCCAAUAUUGUGGGAAGGAUAUUACUCAAGAUGUGGCUUCCCAUGAACUAUAUCGUCCUCCUUUUGAGUUUCAUCAUUAGCUCUGUCAUCAUGGUGACGUGGAGAGACCCCAAAAACGCGAAUGGAACCUCCAACACGGGAAGCAUAGUCCCGGAGUUUACCAUAAAUAGCAAUACGUACUAUAUGUUUUUGUACAUAUUCGGAGGAAUACACAAUUUCCUUAGCUUGUGUAUGUUGGUGACCUUUUUAAUUUCUAACCAACCUACGUUCCCGCCAUACAACUGGCUUAAAAAGAAAUUGUCGUCUAAUGAUGACGAUGAUGAUGACGUCAGAUCAUGGCAUGAAAAGAAAGACCAGUCACAUCUUAACUGUUUUUCGUGUGCUCCAUUCUAG